AUGUUUGCAGACCUCAUUCAGCAUAUAAAAAAUACAAGUCCAUAAUUUGUUAUCGGACAAUAUGCAGACGCUUAUGAUAAUUAUAGCAGUUGGCGUAUGUGCAAAGUGAUCAAUCUCUCAACUGAUUCGGUCACAGUUCAAUACGAUGGGUGGAGCUAGAAAUAUGAUGAGACUCAUAAACUUAAAGUAGGAAGGGUCGUGUAUUUUAGAUCACAUACUGAACUCUACACAGGUGCUUAGAAGAGUGCGUCUCGAGAAUUCUAAAUAACCAAAGAAGUGGAUCACAUUCAAUAGGUCAUCGAGAAAAUGCAGAAGUUGAUAGUAAGCAAUUUUGCCAAUGUCGAAGCACACGACGUCUGUCAAUUUGUGAGAGGAGAACUCUAUCUACUAAUUGAUAGUGUCAUGCAAGAAUAGUAAUGCUACACUCAGGGAGAAUUUAAAAUGACUACAGAUCUAAUCGAGGCCUUUAUACGAUUCUUCGUCGAAUGGGCAAAUAAGAUUUUGGAGAAAAUCAACAUCUAUAUCCAAGGCGUCCAAGCACACCCCCUAAUUUAUUAUUUUCAUUUGGACACCUGUCUAGUAUCCUGUCAUCCCGAGAUGUUCGAUACCCUCACCAAGAUAUUCAACGGAAGCGGACCCAGAUGCAAGCGUUAUUUCCAGAGCAAUGAAUCCCAACUCUUGAAGAUGUACUCUAUCUCCGAUCGACACUCCCAGAAUGUCCAACAGGGCUUCUUCAAAUAUUUCCAAGAUUAAAAUGGCUUAUAAGUAAUCGAGAAUUUGAUAGCUUGGCAACACAGCGAAGGAGAGACCAAAUAAAAAGUGCCUUUUGGAAUAAUCAAGAAUAUCCUACCCUUGGUGGAAAGUAUCUAUAAGAGUUUCCCCACGAGCUAAAAUAGACAAGAAUGGCUACUCAAAAUGAAAGACAUGAUCAUCAAUCGAUUACACAAGUUGACAACUAAUGAUCUUAAGGAAUCCAAUCUAAAUCCUGUCUUCCAGAUUUUUAAGUUGAUUCCGUAACAGUUCUCCUCCAUCAUCAACAUCUCCUAAGAAUGUGAAGCCACAGAGAUCAAAUUAGCCAUCACCUUAAUAAAGUCAUCCAUUCUUGAGAAGAAAAUCAAGGGUGUCAAGGAACUCACUGAAAUAAUUGACAAGGUGACAACUUCCAAGAACUCAAUGAUGUAUCAGAGUAUAACGAGCACCUAUUUCAAUCCGGAUAGAUUGGGCAAAUUCCUUCAAGAAGAGAAAGUUUUCGACAUUCUUCUCCAAGAAGCAGGACAUGCCGAAGUCUUUAAGAGAGCAGCCCCUAUUCUGAGAUUUAUGGUUGAUCAAGUGAAUUCAAGCACCAAGGAUAUCGAAUAACUAUGGGAGGCAAGUUAGAUGAGACAUGAAACAGAAGCUCAGAGUGUCUACGAAGUGAUCAGUGAUAUUGCCAGAGUGAUGAAUCACGAAUAAACAGAGAUAAUCUUUACUAAGUUGACAAAUUUUAGUUAAAAAGACAUAGAUCUGAAUUUGAUCAAUUUCAUGAAGGAUUUCACUUAGAGUGCCUAGAAGAAUCCGAUUUGGAAAAAUAGAGCCAUCUAUACACUCAACAUGAUGUGGAAUUUACUUUAAGACAAAAGCGAUCUCAACCCUAAUCUCCUUGAACCUCUAAUGACUGGAUUCAUCUCAUGUCUGAAAUAGGAACGUGAGUAGUAUUAAUAACUGUGUUUGGAGAACUUGAGGAAGAGUUAUUCAUUCCCCUAAUGUUUGCACAUCCUAUAAAAAAUCAUUGAGAGUUAUGGGUAAGGAUAGGUCUACUUUUCAGUUUCCUCAGAGGAUAACCUUAAUAAAAUCAUGAAAGAACAUUAAAUGAUUGAUCUGAUUGUUAAGAACCUUGAAAAUUAUAAAGCCAAUGUAAAUACUUGUUAAGAUUGUUUUGCUAUUCUGACUGGUAAAGUUGCACAUGCUUAACGAAUACAAUACAAAAUGGAUUUCCUUGAGUAUAUAGCUGCAAGUCCCAAGAAGUAUGAGUUUUCACUUGAAAAUUUUAAGAAAUUAUGGAAUAUCCUCAUAAUCAAUCCUAUUCAUGAAACUGAUCGCAAUCCCAUGCUAGAUUUCUUAGUUAAAGGAGGAUUCAGAGUGAAAGAGGAUUUAUUCAAAAACAUAUUCUGCAACAUCAAUUAUCCAAUCAAAUUAUGCUAUAGGAGUAUCGAAAAGUACUUUAUGCAAUUAAAUCAAAAAAAUGGCUCAAUCAAUUGCUAAAAGUCUUAAAUCCGAAUCAUAAAGUACGAUCAGAUCAUUGGUAUAAAUUUCUUCUUCGAUGUGGUCUUCAAUUAUCCAGAUGCAGAUUAAGCCAUCUAGACUCUGUUAUAAUUGCACAUGAGAACAGAGAAAGCAAAUUAAGUGGAUUAGAAAUUGCAAAUGUGGAACUCUCUGCUUAUGAAAUGCAAAGAAGCUCUGAAAUAAUCCAAUAACAGUUAAGUGUAAGUCUAAAAUGUGAUUAAGUGUCUCAAAGAUCUUGUGACUGGAAUCGAAGGGAAACAAUACUUUAAUACGAGUAGUCCAGCUAUCACUUUCACCAAGUUCUAAGUCUAAUUGGGCAAGGAUGAAAAAACCUUAAAAGAAGUAUCUCUCCCUUCUAAUUCCACUUUGUUAGCAGUGAGAAAAAAUUUGAAUCAACUUUACAAUUUCAAUCAAUAAGACUACGAUAUGUUUUUGGCUAAUCAUGAUAUGAAGAUCAAUCAAGACAAUGAAGAAGAUUUGACAAUCAGUUUGUUUGAGGAAUCCAAAUCGAGAGAUAAGCCAGACAUCAUUCUGUAGAAUAUCAGUCAGAAUAUGAAUUCUUUGUGUUUGAGCAUUCGUAAAUUUAAGGCUACUUUGAGUAGCAAUACAGAAUUAUCAGAGAUAUUGUUUGAUUUGUUGUAAUCUGAGAAUUAUGAAGACAUAUGGGAAGUAUUGACAUUGAUGCCACAAAAUAAGCAAAUAAAAGAUAGAUUGGAUAGAGGAGGUUCUGAUGAGGAGUCAUGGAGCAAGAUCUUGUACUUCAAUUGCAAUAAGAAAUUGUUAUAUUGCUUGCAAAUAUAUGAAACUAUGAUAUUAUAGGAUAAGAAUGUAUUACAAUAUUUUUUGAAGACUAAAGGAUGUCAGAGUAUUAUCAAUUAUUAUCUGAAGAGACAGGAGAAUGAAUUUACUAAUCUAUUCAAUUUGAAAUGUUUUGCACAGAUUGCUAAAAUUAUAGGGAUCUGCAGUAUUAAGGAUUAAGAAAUCAAUAGGAAAUGUGUCAAAUACAUCAUAUAUUCCUUGUAAAAAAUAGAAAAUAAAGUAUACUAAGACCCUUCUGCAAUUCAGAGUUUUCUGUAAUACAACUUUAGAAUAGCCUCAACUGAGAAUGUGGGCGACAUAGAGUAGAUGAAAAAAAGCUUAAUAGAAUUGGUAGACCCUUAGAUCAGAAAGACUUUGUGCCAAUAAUUGAUUGAUUUGAAGCCACUCCAUAAGCAUUUCUAAAAUUUGGGUGACAAUUUGUAAGAUGUCAUGAAACUGAAAAAUUAGGCUGAAUAAUAUUUGGAAUUGUACGCUGGAGUUUUAGAAUAGACAAACAAUAAUGAUUUAACAAGGAUUACUCAAAGAUUGCCUUAAAUAUUGAUUAGUUUCUUGUAAGAGGAGGAGACUGAGAAGAUACUCCUAUAGGCAUUCAAAUUGAUAUGCAUUUUGGUGACAAAAUGUUAAGAAUCGUUACUAAUGAUAACAACAGAUGAUUAAUUGGCUGAUGCAAUAAUUAGCAGUCUAUUUCAAUUAAAUGGGAAAACACUACAAAGUCAGGACACAAGAAAAGCAGGGUAUGAAAUAAUUUAAAAGUUAUUCGCCAAUUAGAAAUUGAUGUUGAUUUUCGAACAGUAUUUUUCUUGUGCCUUUUGGAGAACAAGUUCAAACACAAAUUGGAAUAUCGUGUAAACAUAAUAGAGUAAGAGUCAAACUGGUUUCGUUGGUUUACGUAAUCUGGGAUGUAUUUGUUAUAUGAAUUCAUUAAUGCAAUAAUUAUUCACCUUACCUAAUUUCAGGGAAAGCAUUCUAUCCCUGAACCUUGAGUAAGGAUAACAGACCGUUGCAUAUCAAUUUUAACUUUUACUCUCCGCAUUAAAGAAUUCAUAAAAGCAAUUCUAUGAUCCUACUAAUUUUUGCAAUGUGCUUGGACCAAAUUAUAAACCAAUCAACUUUUAUGAAUAGAUGGAUGUUGAUGAAUUCUUCUUGUAACUCAUGGACAAAUUGGAACUCGAACUCAAACCAUUAAAGAGAGAUAUAAUUGUACCAAAGAGUUUUGGUGGAUUUAUGAGUACAGAAUUUAUAAGUAAAGGAUGUUAACAUCAAUCUUCAAGAGAAGAAUUAUUCUUGGCCCUUUCAUUGCAAGUCAAAAAUAAAAAGAACAUUUAUGAAUCCAUGAAGAUGAUGACUGAUGGUGAAAUGCUUGAAGGUGAUAAUGCAUACAUGUGUGAGAAAUGCGAAAAGAAGGUGCCAGCUCUAAUGAGAGUCUGCAUUAAGCAAUUGCCUAAUGUAUUGAUCAUGGUGUUAAAGCGUUUUGAGUUUAAUUAUGAAACCCAGUAGAAGUUUAAGUUAAACGACUAUUACGAAUUCCCAACUCAAUUGAAUAUGAAGCAAUUCACCAAGGAGUACUUAUAGAAGCAAGAUUUUCAAGACGUCGAAGAUGCCGAUAGACUCAUUGUGACUGAGUAUUCGGAUGAAUAUUAUGAUUACCACUUGAGAGGAGUGAUUAUUCACGUCGGUACUGCUGAUCAUGGACAUUACUAUUCAUUAAUCAAAGAUGCUCAAACUAAUAAGUGGUAUGAAUUCAAUGAUAUUCUUGUUAAACCUUUUGAGUUUGGAGAUUUGGCAACUGAAGCAUUUGGUAAUGAUGACAAGGGUAGAAGCAAUUAAUUAUUAAGUCGAUCUAAAAAUGCAUAUAUGUUAUUUUAUGAACGCAAGACUUAUUUUGAUGAAAAUGGCAAGCCAUUGAAGAAUGAUUAGGAAUUACGAUGGUUUUUCAAUAACAAUAAAAAUGAAAAGUAAAAUGAUGAAAUUCUGAUUGAUAAUAUUAAGUUUUAAAUCAGUUAGGUUAUGUUCGAUGAAUCCUUUUUUGAGUUCAGUUGUGCUCUAUUGGAUGAGGGAUCAUAAAUUCAUAUCGGAAGAUUCUGCUUAUAAUAUUUCCUCACUGUUGUCAUCCGUUUCUAAGAGAGAGGACAAUUUGUGCCAAGAUAUUUGGAAAAGUUAAAAUUAAUAACCAGGAAUUCAGUUCAAUUGGCAAAUGAAUUUCUGGUUUCUAUUCAAAAUGUUGAUGUUCUAAAUGAGUUGAUCCUCUAAAAUCCCAUCCAAGACAUGAGAGUAAUUAUAGGUGGUCUGAUCAACGAUGCCAUCAAGUGUCUUAUGGACAAUGAAAAGUUCGCCUCAUAUAAAGAAUUCAAGCAAAAGAGCAACUUAAUUCAACUGACCCAAUCUAUGAUUCACUAUAUCUAGAAUAGGAAGAACUCUGAUUAAAUCCAAAGGAUUAUCUACCAAUUGUCAUUGAAUGAUUUCAGCAAGACAUACUUACGAGAACUGAAAUUCGUAGGGAGAAUCUUCCUAUACUUUUUAGAUGAACCACCUGUUGGCGCUGGUUACAUUGAAAUUGCAGAUCCCAAUGUCGAAUAAAAAUUACUCAAGAUCAACAAAUAAUAUAUUAGGAAUGAAUAGUAAAAUCCACAAAUUUUGCAAUAGUAAGAGAAUCUUAAAUUUGACAAUCUAUACAUUGAUUACUCCUACUUGGUUAUGGCUCUUAAUUAAUUGAUCUACUAGGAUGAUGACGAAUUGUGCAUGCUCGAUGAUCCUCUGCUCUUUAAAAGACUCCUCAGCAUUACAUUCACGAGACAAGCAAGGUUGGCUUUGAAGGAGGCAAUACAGAAAUAUAUACGACUAAACAACAACCCUUGGGAUCAAAGUCUAGCAGUUGUGUAGACACUCUAUGAACACAUGAAGGAUUGCGAUGAGAAAGACUUAAAAACAGCCUUGAUCGUACUUAAAGGAAUAGGUGAAAUCGAUGAUGCAUACAACGAAUAAAGAUUAACUUUGGUGGCUGAAGCUUAUAUUUCUGCUUUGAAAGACAACCUGGGUUACUGGUAUUACACAUCGAUUAUGUUUGAUUAUGUAAUAAAGAUCUGCACAAGAUUGAAUUUUCAGAAAGCUUUCGCUGAAGUCUUGAAUCGAAAUAAAGGGGUCUUGAAAUUGAUGUACCAGUGGCUAAAAGAAUCAUAGAAUCCAUUUUAAAACUUCUCAUAAUAAAGGUGGAAAGUCUUUAAAAAGAGACAGAUGAAUGUGUUGGCUUAGGAUAUAACUGAAAAACUGAAUAAAUUCUAGGCCUUGUCCUAAAAACGAAUAGAGUCACUUGAGAAAAUCAUGAGUCAAUAAGUUGUGAAUAGUAGUGGUUAUGAUUCUGAUACAGUUCCUAAUCUUGAAUAAUAGGUUGAUGUCAUCAUCCCAGCAAGAACAUACCUCAAUAACUUCGAGACUUGUGGCUAUUCAACAUGGACAAUCGGAAUCAAUUUAGGAGAUAUGAUGGAAUUAAGAUAAAACAAUAUGAUUAAAUGGGUUUUCAGUACGGAUUCAUCACUUGCACCUCCCAACACAUAGACACUAAAAUAUGAAAAUCAUGUUUCCUUUAUGAAAUGA